UUUGAAGAUCCCCACGGUGGAAUGUGAAUGUUACAGUUUGUUGAAGGGCAAUAUGGACCAGGAUGUGACAAAGAAGCUGAAGGGAUUGGAUGGGCAUGCAGUGCCAAUUUCAUAUACAAGUUCCAUCAGUUUCGAAGAGAAUGAGGAUGAUUUGACAGGUGGAGCUGAUGGAAACACUCCAGCAGACCACCAUAUGCAAGGGGAAAAGGGGUCUGAGAGCUUGCGAUCUGCUGAUACUGAUGUCGAAGUCCAUCCAAACUAUGAAGGGGAUACAAAUAGGAAUUUCACAAGCUCUAGUGAUUUUGUGCAAGUACCUAUUGGUUCUCUCUAUGAGAACAUCGGAACUAGCACAGCUAUUUUCUCUCCUUCUGCUGGUGAAAGGUUGCCUUUUGAUGCAAUGGCUCUGGAUGAAAAGCAGUUGAAACGAGAGAAAAGAAAACAGGCUAACAGAGAAUCUGCAAGGAGAUCUAGGAUGAGGAAGCAGGCUGAAUAUGAGGAGCUGGUCAAAAGUUGUGAUUCUUUAAGCACAGAACAGAUGGACCUUAAAUCUGAACUAGAUCAAGUGAAAGUGGCAGCGGAAAAACUGAGGCUUGAAAAUGCUGCAUUAAAGGAGCAGCUGAAAAACGCACAGAUACUGCAGGAAGGAGGGAAUGGUUCCCCUAAGACUGAAGGGGACGUCACCCUGCCAAAUGAUGCUAAGGACAUACUUAGCAAUUUGGGUACCGUAAGCAGUAACGCUCAGCUGGACUGCGAGACACAUGAAACUUCCUCUGAAACAAUUACCCGGCUCAAUCAGUUGUUGGAAUCAAGCUCUAGGACUGAUGCUGUUGCUGCUAGAUGAUCAUGAAGCGGUAUCUGCCUGUACGUGCUGCAGACUGGAAUUUUGUAGCUGGACAGUGACAAAUAGCCAUUGCUCACUAGAUUGCCUUCUUUCAACCUGCCUUGUUGAAGGAAUUCUUGGUAUUUCAUUGUAGCCAAGUCCUUAUUUUUCUUCUUCACCAUGUUGAGUCUUUAUAAUACAACCCAUAUUAGUUCAUCCAUUCUUGGUGGCGCCCAAAAGUAAGAAACAAAAAAAUUGCCUAACUAUUACUAAGAAUAGACCAUAGACUUUUGUGUAUAACCUGCUUUAUGCUUUCUUGUUUCUUCUCCGACAUGGAAUCUUAUCAAGACACACUUGAACCAUUUUUCCUCAUUUUCUGUCAUUGUCUUCACGUUAUAUCAGUCCGUAGACAUCAAAAUGAGCUCUCUGGAGAAUCUUUUGCCUGUGUAUUUAGACUAUUGGCUUGGCAACAUGCAAUGAUCCAUACGGAUAAUGUUUCAUAUUCAUUAGAGAA